AUGCGAUCAAACUUAUUACAAAUCGAUCAACUUCUCAUGUGUAUGAGCAAAGGUUUACCAGGGGAUGGUUAUCCCACACUAACUCCUACAAUUGCUAAAAUUGAACAAUAUCCAAUUUGUUCAUCGGAACAUAGCCGUACAUCAUGCGACGACAACGAAACUAUUUCAUUUGGUCCUAUUAGAGUCAAACCACGUAAACGACCAGCACCAACUUUAGCUACUGGUCGUCGUUCAAAAUAUGAAAUAUUAACUGCAGAAGAAGAACAAAAACGAAAUGUAAGACGUGCACGUAAUCGUGCUGCUGCUGAACGUGUACGUAUAAGUCGAUUAAAUAUUGAACAACAAUUAUUGGAUCAAAUAAAUGAAUUAGAAAAACAAGAAACAAAAUUAUCACAAAAUGUUCAAACACUUCAACAUCAAAAACUUCAUUUAGAAACACGACUUUUUACUCAUGAACAAAUGUGUUCUAACAUGAAUCCACAAAAUUCAUUUACAACAUCAGAUAUCGACUUAACAUCUUAUUUUACAUUAGACAAUCUACCAAUAUCUUCUCAACAAAAUCAAACAAUAAUAAAUGAUAAAAUUUCUGAAUUGGAUUUUGAUGAUGCUUUUAUUAAUUCAUUAACUGCUGAACAAGUAGGAAAUUUUCUUGAACCAUUAUCAACUAUGCUAACCAAUGGUGAUCUCGAUGAUUUCUUCAUGAAUCAAUAA